CAGAAACUCUUCUCACCUCCAGUACAAUCCCACAGCAUUCAUCACCAUGACCGAUGCGCAACAUCUCGUGCAAUAUGCGCAGCGCCAGUUCGACGACAUCACCGCCAGCCUCGAGCGCCAUUUCGACCAAGUCGCUGGACAGCUCCGCGAGAGCUUCUACAGCAAACCACAAUUGCCUAUCCCGUCGAGACGAAUACCAGCGCCGACCACAUACGAACUGAUUGAACGAUGGAUAUCACGACACAAGGCCAUCACCGCUGCUGCCGUCGCCUUCCUCGUGACAGGCUCCAUCGGCGCAGUCGUCUAUAGUCAAGGCAGGAAUUCCAGGCGCAAACGGCGCGCUCAGAGAUCGACCAACGGCGCAAGGACAGACGUGGUCGUCGUCGCGGGCGCGGUGGCGAACCCUCUCACCAGCGCGUUAUAUUUGGAUCUAGAACGGAGAGGGUUUGUGGUAUACGUGAUCGCGAACACGCCCGAAGAGGAACAAUACGUCCGAUCGCAAUCUCGAGCAGACCUGCACUUUCUUUCGGUGCACCCGGAGGACCCAUAUACCGCACAAGAGCAGUUGCUGAAGUUCCGGAGCAUGUUGGACCGCGAGCAUAGAGUAUUUGAGGAUGCGGAACCGCAUAAAAUGAAAUUCAAGGGUGUGUUACUGGUGCCGAAUACCUCGCAAAGUGCGCCUCUGAAGAUUGAGGACAUCACAUCGGAGGACUGGAGCGAUGCCUUGAAUGCGAACAUUCUGAACACGAUUACCACGACGCAGCUUCUGCUUCCCGCUGUCCUCUCAUCCCAGGCGAAUAUUCUGCUUCUCACACCAUCGGUGACUCCGGCUCUGCAGCUGCCAUUGCACUCAGUAGAAAGCACUGUAUAUGGCGCGCUAGAGGGAUUUCUCGCCACCUUAUCUGCAGAAACCCGACAAGACGGCGUCAAAGUGUCGCAUUUCAAGCUCGGGCAUAUCGAUGUUCCCGCCACCACAUCACGACAACGUCGAGAUGGUGUACCUCCUCCACGACUGCGACCGACUCCAGUGCGAGAGCUAUACCAUGCUGUAUUUGAUCAGCUUGUCGCCAAGUCUCCGAGGAGGUCUCUCCAUGUUGGCCGAGGCAGCCUCACGUACGACAUUAUUGGCAGCAUCUUGCCCCCGGGUUUGAUUGCCUGGAUGAUGGCUCCGUCUUCUUUGUCUUCGUCGUCGUCCAAACCAGCUGUGACGCGAGAGCCGAGUGAAGAGAGACUAUCAGGGAGCGUGGGCAGCAUCACCUGGGAGCAUUUGGACCGCGAAGCAGAGGGUCAAUGACGCGAUGACGAUGAUGAUGAGAGUGGUGAUUAGAGGCAAAAUCAUGAAUUUACGAGACGUUGCAUGGCGUUGUGUGCAGAUAUACCAUACUCCACCGAUUUUCAUUAAUGGCCAAAUAAAAGAAACAGUUCCACCUCGAGGACCAC